CUAACGAAUCUAGUCCAUUGUGCAUUUCUUUACGUUUCAAGAUGCAAAUCUUCGUCAAGACCCUCACCGGCAAGACCAUCACUCUCGAGGUCGAGAGUUCGGACACCAUUGACAACGUCAAGGCCAAGAUCCAGGACAAGGAAGGAAUUCCCCCUGACCAACAGCGUCUCAUCUUCGCCGGCAAGCAACUCGAGGAUGGUCGCACGCUCGCCGACUACAACAUCCAGAAGGAAUCCACCCUCCAUCUCGUCCUUCGUCUCCGCGGUGGCAUGCAGAUCUUCGUCAAGACCCUAACAGGCAAGACCAUAACUCUUGAGGUUGAAAGCUCAGACACCAUUGACAACGUCAAGGCCAAGAUCCAGGACAAGGAGGGGAUCCCACCGGACCAGCAGAGGCUGAUCUUCGCUGGUAAGCAGCUCGAAGAUGGGCGUACCUUGGCCGAUUAUAACAUUCAGAAGGAGUCAACUCUCCACCUCGUCUUGCGUCUUCGUGGUGGUAUGCAGAUCUUCGUAAAGACCCUUACCGGUAAGACUAUUACCCUUGAGGUAGAGAGUUCAGACACCAUCGAUAACGUUAAGGCCAAGAUCCAGGAUAAGGAGGGUAUUCCCCCGGACCAGCAGAGGUUGAUUUUUGCUGGGAAGCAGCUCGAGGAUGGGCGUACCUUAGCUGACUACAAUAUCCAGAAGGAGUCCACACUUCACCUUGUCCUUCGUCUCAGGGGAGGUAUGCAGAUUUUUGUUAAGACCUUGACUGGGAAAACCAUUACCCUUGAGGUUGAGAGCUCGGACACCAUUGACAAUGUGAAGGCAAAAAUUCAGGAUAAGGAAGGUAUCCCACCGGAUCAGCAGAGGUUGAUCUUUGCAGGGAAGCAGUUGGAGGAUGGAAGGACCCUUGCUGACUACAAUAUUCAGAAGGAGUCCACCCUUCACCUUGUGCUGCGUCUUCGUGGUGGAUUUUAAGUUGGAUGUUUAUCGUUGUGAUGUUGGAUGGUUUGGAUGUUAUAAACUUGUGAUGUUGGAUGGUUUCGAUGUUAUAAACUUGUGGUUGUGGGUGUUUAAUGGGUCUGUGUUUACCCUUUGAAAUAAAUUUGGUUUGAAUUUGUCCAUUACGAUCUUUUAAAAAUUUAGUACUUUCUA